UGAGAAAAACAUGGCAUCCACACUUUUUAAACGAGCGUAUUAUAGUUUUUAAGCUUAAAUUUAUAGCUUAUUCAUGGACAAGAAAGCUGUUUCUCCUGACUCUUCGACGCAAAUUACUGAAAAGAAGAAGAAAUCAAAGAAGAGAAAGCACAAACACAGGUUUUUUUUUUCUAAACAUUAAGCUUAUAAUGAUUUUUUUAUGCAGUUUAAUAGCAAAUGAGCUUGGUAAUGAUGACUGAGAGCACAGCCUUAUUUAAUAAUUCGUGUUGGGCACUCGAUGUUUGCGCGUUAUAUAAUACAAAGGUCUAUAUUUUCCAUUUCCAUCUGCAGUGCUGAUCACAUUUGGUUGAAACACAUUGCAUUAUCUCCUUCCAUAUCAUAUUGCACAUACAUGCCAGUAUGCGGAGUAUGGCAAGUGCACGCGCGAGCUUUUUUUAAAAAAGCUUUUUGCGCACAACAAAAUCGUAACAUUGUACGCAGCAGCGUUGGGCCUACAAAGAGUUUUGCACCUGACUUUCAGGGGCGUAGCCAUGAUAUUUUUUGCCAAAUCUGUCCUAACCUCUCGGUUCUCCCAAGCUACGCAGGCUACCACUUUCCACAUCCCUUGCUUUUACUUUUGCUUUCUCAUCAGUAUGGUGAGGUUAUAAACGAAUGAAUGGACUGGCAAUUUGUCUGUAAUCUUGUUUGCAGCCUUUCUUUUGAGUGAACUGAAUGGUAUAGCAUGAACAUACUAGUUUGAAAUUUGAAAUUUAGGUCAUCUAAAACAGCUGGAAAUGUGCUUAACAUGUAAAUCUCGCAUCCUUUUAAUAAUUAGCCUCUCUAUGGGCAUGCACCCGUAUUCUGGCAUAAAAAAUCGUAUUGCAGGUUCUGCAUGCAUGAGAUCUCGUCUAUUUCUGCCAUAUACUCUGCAGACUGGUGUACAUGUAAGCUAUGUCGAUUUUAGUUUUUGGAAGCCCUCCCCCCCCAUUGGAAAAUUAUUUUCCAGCAUGUUCACAAAUUGUGACUGAAUAAAUUAAUGUGCUCCCUUUAUUGGUCGAUAAGAUCAAAAUGAUAGGUCACUGCCAUUGAAUGUAACUUGUACACCUCCAGGUCCACAAAAACAUAUGUAAACAGUAAACACCUGCUAAUAAGAACCUACUUUUUUGAAGUCUAAUGUCCUGUAAAAUAGGUUCUUGUGGUUUGGGGUACUUAUUGGCAAUUUUUGCCAGGAGCUUCUUAAUCCACUGUUUCUUAUUAGCAGGUGUUUACUGUAACUCAGGCUUCAUAACCAUUCCACUCUAUUAACUAUGAUUAGUGUUGGAACCCUAGAGAAAAAUCUAUACACUUAAAGUUUAAAUACUGGUUUAACCAGAUAAUUGAAAAUAAUAUUUUCUCAUUGUUCAAUGUAUUAUUGACCAAUCCAUCCAUUUAUCUUACAGGAGUAAGUCUGGGAAAAGCAAAAAGUUUAAGUCAUCCAGUUCAUCACAGGACAUUGAAAGUGACAGCACCAAAACAGAAAGUAAAAGAAACAAGAGUGACAGUGAAAGCAUCACACCUCUAACAGAGUUUCUUGAUGACAAAGCAGAACUUCAUGAACAGCUCUUUACAAUCAUCUCAAAGAAGGAAGUGAAAGAGAUGAUGCCAGACAUUUUGAAGGUACUUGAACUGUACAUAUAUGUACCUUGUAAAAGAUAUAAAUUAUUUUUGUUUCUUUUCUUAUGAUUACCGGUAGCUAGCUACACAGGCAAAUGGUGGAAUUGAAGAACUGACUAGAGGAAAUGUAGUUGUUAGGUGUACAAACAACCCAACUACAUCUGUACAUGUAGAAUCUGCCAGAUAGACAUUGUACCUGGCAUCUCUAACCAUGAUUGCCCCUUAGUGGUUGAAUUAGAGAUCCCCCUUAAACAGCAAAUCCCAGUGGGGGAAAUUUGAGGCUGACCUAGUCUAGAAACCACAUGUGAGCAAUUUGAGGCUAACAGUAUGAUACGUUGUCAGUGAAUGAUCUGUGGCUUUUGUUUUAAGGAUGCCAUCCACAAAGGCACCCUCAAACAUACAGUGUAACCCCCAUAAGACCUGUGAAAAGAUAAUUUAUUAUAGUAUAAUAAUAUUAUAUAUGUUAGUGGAUAUUCAUUUAUUUAUUUACUUUUAAAGACCCCUCACAAGAAUCUUCAUUUUUGAAGGAUGUAGGGUUCUCGGAAGAAGAAGAGAAGAAGGCUAGAGCAGUGUUUGUCUUAUUACAUGUUUUCUCCAGUGAAUCUGAAACUUAAUCCAUUUGCCCCCCGGAAUUUUGCAGUUUAGUUUUCUCGUCACUGUCUGGCUAAAACUAACACAAGCAAUUGACAGUGUGACUCAUGCACUUUUCGGCUCGGGCACUUAGUGGCCUUCUGUUUGAGAUGCAAAAUAUCAGUUUCUGAAGUUUGGGCAUGGGCAGAAACCCAAAUUUCAAAUCUUGACUUUUACUUCUCGAUUUGCUGCCCCCACUCUUCUUUCACUUUUCUUGCCUUCCUUUUUUCUCUUUUAAGGGGCCAAUAAAAGGCUAACAAGGGGGCCAGAGAAGUUCUAGUUUUUCCGUGUUAAAUCCUUGUUUUAUGAAAUAUUUUUUAUUGCUCUCAGAAGCUAAGCUUCAAGGAAGUAAAGAAUCUUUGCUCAGAACAGCUGCAGUUACUAUCAAAAAGGCAGCUUGAAAGUAUCAUCACUGGUAAAGAUUUGGAUUCAUCUGAAGAUGAGAGCAGUGGAGAACCAGAAAACCGUGAAAAACUAAUAGUGGCACAGGAACAACAUGAAGAGGAGGAUAAAAUAAGAAAACUGGUAAUUUACAAUAUUAAAAUUUCUCUAAUAUUGAUUAAUAUGAAGCGUAGAGAUAGCCCAAGUGCUCAAGAGUCACUAAUGAAUCGAAUUGAAGUUGAUAUUACAUUAAAAUCACAACUAAAAGCUGUUUCCCGAGCAUGAGCAAAAUUUUAAUUUGUGACAUAAUUAUUGACAAGCAAAUAAUAAAAAAAUUGUGAUUCAUGGCCCCAACUACAAAUUGAACAGCACAGUGAGCCUGCUAAAAGGAAAUGUCCUGAGUUCUUAUGUCUUGUAGUCUUAAUAUACUCACAUAAAUCGCUUUAAAGUUCAGAGGUGUCAACUGAAGAAGUAGGCGUGUGGUACGGAAUACAAUGAAGUUUGGCAAGAGAACAUUUUCUUUUGAGUUUGAUCAACAAAUGUUUAAAAAGUGAUUGGGAGUUCACUUCGUGCACUGUAAGGUUAAUCAAGUAGUUCUUAAAUACAACUUGGAGAAUGGCCACGACAAACUUAUAGGUACCGGUGAUUAAUAAAAUAUUUAUUUAAGUGGCUCAAUUCAAACGACCACACCAUAACUAACAAUGUAAACAAAAAUGUUAAGUACCUGUAAAGAAGCUUGUAAACUUCCCACUUUAAACUGUGAGGGGAAUGGGUACAAGCUUUUAGCGCAAGGGUUUCUGGGACGAACGUUACUUAUGAUUGGUAAAGCCUUAUACCGCCGAGCCACCUGCGACAUGACUCCGACACGGCUACCGGUACUGCCUGCGAUACCGUUCCGAUGUGAGAACAGAAGUCGCCGGCAACACACAGAGGCCAUGUCAGUCUUUACCGCCGGCAUGCCUGAGAAGUUGACUCGAGUUCGACUUCAUAGGCAUACCGGCGUUAAAAACCUGGGAUGUUUCUUAAGCCGUCGGCGUUAUGUCUUCAUAUGUUGGAGUAGUAUCGGCGGCAUAUGAGAACUAGGCUUAACCCAAACAAUCCCAGAAAUCAAUACCCUGCAAAGCUUAUAUCCAUUCUCCCCGUGAGUUUCUGAAAAGCAGAAUUGUCCACGAUCUUAAUGGCUUUGUUUCUCGAUGAAAUUCAGGAUUCCGACAGUGAAAGGAAACAAGAGAGAAUCAAAACGGGAAGAGAAGAGGAGAAGAAAGAAAAUGAUAUGAUCAUAUUCCAGGAAAUGAUUACAAUUCCAAACCAAGAAGAAAUUGACGAACUUGUUGGAGGUAGGUCUACAUGUAGGUUUGUAAUACCACGAUGCAAGUAACAGCACGGUCUCGAAAAUGGCAAAUCAAAACAGCAUCAAACGAGCCCUCUCUAUUUACUUUUGGCUUGCUCCGGCACUAUCCAUGUAUAUAAAAAAUAAUUAUAGAAUAAACUGAAAUAAUAAUAAUAAUAACAAAAACAGGCGGCACAAAAUUAGGUUUAGUGUUCUAAACGUUGUUUCGUGCUUACAUGCUUCUGUGUAUUUUUUCCUUCCCUUUUUUUUUUGCGUAUUUGUUUCUGUGUCAUAUUUUCUGUUAAUCUUUUCUUACAUGCAUGAAUAAAAUAAUCACCUCUGUCGAAGUGACAGUCGACAUGGGGCAGAGAGUGACAGAGGCGUCAGCAUGUCAAGGAAGGCUUGUGUCAAGUACAGAUAGUUUUGGAGAGGACAGAUAGUACAGAUACCUUUUCCAAUUAACAUGUUUGACAUCCUGCAACCAAUGUGAAUGCUCUGACGAAUUCGAAGGGCUAGCGCUCUAAUUUUGUGCUUUUGACUGUCUUUAUGGUGGACAAUUUUAUUGUCGUUUUUAGUCAAUAUUUUGCCGUUCUAUGCGAAAUUAUCUUAAAGUGAAGUAAACUUCCAAAUGUACGUUUGGAAAACUAAACUUCAAACAGGUAAUAGUGAACACGGCAAAUUUGAAAACAUGUUGGCUAAAUUUGAGUCGUGGCUGCUUUAAACCACUGAGAUCUAUGAUCAGUGGUUAGUCAUGGUGGAAUCGCCUACUAGAUAGAAAAGUCAAUGAAUUUAUGGCCCUCGCAAUCGUAAAUACAAAAGCAAUUGCAAAUUAAUCCCCCCCCCCCCAAAAAAAAAAAAAAAACCAAGGCGUCAGCAGAAUUCGAACCCAUUGCCUCUGCGUUAGCGGUACAUUGUUCUACCAACUGAGCUACGAGUAUCCAUACAUUAGGAACAGGCCAGAGCUAAAGUGUAUUACAAGUGAAUCCCGAAAAACAAUUGUGGAGUUAUGCAUGCUAACCGCUGUGAAUUGCGAUUACGACUGCUAUGGUCAUAACUUCAUUUAUAUUUGUUUUCCGGCAGUGCACAUCAUCUUCCUUCGAGAUAGCAAACUGUCGGCAGAAUUAAGUAUUACAAUGAUUAACAAACGUUACAAACCACAAAAAUGAACUUUGAAAAGCUGUGAGGCUAUUGACUUUACCAAAAACGCAAUUGCAGUCUGUUUCAAUACCACCUCAAGUUUGUCCAUGUCUUCCUCAUUUUGUAUUUGCUGCGUUAUGAGAGAGCUUUAGAUUCUGAGACGACGGCGAUUUAGAGGACGAGAUUAUCUCACGCGUGAACCAGCGUCAUUUUGGCAGGAAAACGUGAUAGCCGUCGCCAUUCUACUUCGAGUUUUAGCGAGAAUGUCAUAGUGGCGGGAACAAGUUAUCAAAUGUAAGAAGUUUUACCAUUUUGCUAUAGGGAGAGGGCUUAACCUCCUUAAGGAUAAAUAACCAUACUAACUUUGUUGAUAAAAAAAAAAAGUAAAUUGAAGUUUUCCGGGAUGUCUUGUUCUUUUUUUUGUUUUUUGUUUUUAACACAACUCUCUUACUCGCAGUCGUUCUCGUCCUCAAAUCUAAAGCUCUCUCUUUAUACCUUCUUUUAAUUUUAUGAGCUGUUUAUUAUUUCUAUGUUUCACUCAAUUUACGGUGUGUCCCAAAAGUUCGUUCCUCUGCUGUAUAAGCCUGUAAUCCAGUGCGGUUGGACUUGAUAAGCAAAUCGUUUAAAUAAAAGUCUGGUGUUUUUAAUCUAAUUUAAUAUGUCAUAGUUGUUGUGCCUUCUUUCGACUCGAAUUUUCGAUUUGUGUACUUUCGCGCCAAAAGUGGGUGUGCGCUAGUAUAUUUCCGUCCACAAAUUUUUGUAUCUUGUAGCCCAAAUUGCUCGAAUGCCUUCCUCCUUUUUUGUGAAUAUCAUGAAAGAUAAAGCAAAAACGCUCAGCUAGGUGAAAGCAUAACCAGGUAUACUUCGAUCUACUGCUUCGUCACAUAAAGAAAGUGCUAAAACCUGGAAAAAUCCGAAUCCAAAAAAUUGGGGGUGGUAAAAUGGUCAUCAAGAAAUGAAGGUUUUGAAAACAAGAAAAAAGGAGGAAAAACGAAAGUCAUGAAUAAAGCAGCUAAAACUAAUUUUAAAGAAGGCUAGGUACAACAGAGGAACUCAUCAAGGUAUUUCUUACAACAGUUAUCAAGUCUGGAGCAGAUUCAUGAAAAUAAACCGACGGUUUAGCUUUGCUCAGUUCGUCAAGCAACGUUAACGCUCAGCUCUUCUCAAAUUUGUAAAGAAGCCUUAGUGUGGAAAGGCUUUUUUGAAUGAAUGCCCCCCAAAUUUUGUUACAGCUGCCUAAUCUAAAAAAUGAUGUUUUGGGGGUCGAAAUGGCUUCUGCGUACCACUGACGUGAUAAGAAAAGCUCAAAAUGAAUCAUCUGGACCUCUACUGGCGCUACAUCGCGUUUCCCACACCAUGCCGCAACGUCUUAACGAAAUGUGAUUAAAAAGAAACAAAGAAGGCAUGCUGGUUACUGAAAUGCUGGUUACUGAACUUCUGAAUACAAGUAAUCGAGAGAGCAAUUAAAGCAUCUUUUAAACAUUCCAUGCAAAAAUAAAGUUUUGAUCAAAAGUUACAGCGCAACAAACUAGAGGAACGAACUUUUGGGACACCCUGUAGUGGCGGUUCCCAUUGUUUGAAGUUUGAUAAGUUUCGUAACACGGCUCCUUUAACAAGCCAUACUUCCGUUCACGUGUCUUCGUUUGCAGGAAGAAGUGCCAUGCGGGAAAACAAUAAAGGUGACCCAGGCCAAUUUGAUGGACCAACCGCGGACGAAGAAGCAGAGCUGAAAGAGCUGGAAUUCCGCGCACGAGCUCUUGAGUCGCUUGUCCGCGCGCGUGAACGACAGAUGAAGAUUGAACAGGGUUGA